ACACCCAUCUGCUUGCUCAGUCUCUAUUCUCUCAUCUCCGGACAGUGUUUUGCUAGCAUUAAUUUUUAUUGUAUUAAUUAUUAUCGUAGUUCAAUUAAACCAGCCAAAAAAUGCCAACCGAAACUUUACCCGUCGCCGAUCAUCCCGAUACUCCUAACCGAAUGUACAUGGAAGAUCCCGAAAUUGAAUGGCGUACCGUUAAACCUAAUUACAGUGUAGUCAAUGCAAAAUAUUUGGCAGAACGAACCAAAUUUCACAAGGCAGAUUCGCUAGAAAAACUAGUCGAAAAUCUAGUCAAGACUUGGGAAAUGGAGAGUACACACAAAAUUAAAGUGAAAGAUUGGGGUACGGUAGAUCCCGAACGUUACAUUUUCCGGACGAACGGCGGAGCUCCCAAGGACCUGGAAAACAAUAUUCAGAACGGAAACUACAAUAUGAUGAUGGACAAUUCUCCUUUGUUUGAUGUUUCCAAAGAAACCAAUGCCUCCUCUCAUGCCCUUUUCAAAGAGUGCUUCCCCGAUGGAUUCGCUUGGGAACUACUGGAUCUUUUGUCAGGCCCCCCGAAGGUGUCGUUUACCUGGCGACACUGGGCUCACUGGACUGGCCCUUAUAGAAACAACCCACCCACUGGGGAGCUUAUGGAGUUGGUCGGAUCGUCGGUGGUGGAAGUCGAUGAAAAUCUAAAAAUUAUUGAUCUGCAAGUCUUUUUUGAUCCCCAUGCAAUGCUGGGUCGCUUGAUGAAAAGAAAAGAUGUCGAGGUCGAUCCAGCAGGUGACGGACCGACAAGUAUGGCGGCCCUGAAAACGCUGCACCGUAAUGUUCCCUAUUUGAAGCAGCAACUCUACGCCCUACUGGGAAACACGAGUUCGUCUGUCAAAAUUGUCUGCCUGAUGGUCUUCAUAGGUUAUUUCGUUUCAUACUAUGAUCCGGCCGUUCUUUUCCUUACUGUCACACCAGGCUAUGUCUUUCCUCCUGGUUUCCGAAUCUGGACCAUCUUUACGCAUUGCUUUGUAGAGUUUCACUUCUGGGAGGUCUGUGUUGAUGUUGUCACGAUUGGGUUGUGCGGCAAGUUGAUUGAGCCUCUCUGGGGCAAGAUGGAAAUGCUGACCUUCUUCACAUUGAUCAACACCUCUGUGGCCUUCUUUGGGGUCUUCUUCUACCUUGCCAUUUACAUGGCAACCUUCAACACAGAUGUCCUUUUCGAAGUUCACAUUCACGGUCUUUCUGGAUACAUAGCUGCAGUUUCUGUUGCUGUGAAACAGAUGAUGCCUGAUCAUGUUGUAAUCAGAACCCCAUUGGGAAAGAUGACCAAUCGAAAUGUUCCACUCUGUGUUUCCCUCUUGUCCAUCAUCCUUUACUUAGUUGGCUUGCUAGAAGGAGCAUAUCCCACUAUGUACACUACUGGAGUGGUCAUUGGGUGGUUGUAUCUCAGAUUUUAUCAAAGACAUAGCAAUGGCACAAGAGGUGAUAUGGCAGAUAAUUUCACUUUUGCAAGCUUUUUCCCAACAGUCAUGCAACCCCCAAUUGAAAUUUGCUCCAAAUUUGUGUACAACCUGCUAGUCGGGAUAAAAGUUUGCCGGAAGCCUGUAAGGAAAUACGAUGUGGGUGCACCCACAGCGAUAACGAUUAGUCUUCCGGGAACUGAUACGCACGACGCUGAACGUCGGAGGCAAAUCGCUCUCAAAGCUUUGAGUGAACGUCUGAGUCAGCAGGCAGAUUCAGGAUCGUCCUGGCCUAGUUUGGACGACGAUUCCCGGCCAAAGACCGAAGUGCAGGCUGGAGAUCAAUCAUCUACAGCAUCCAAUCCGGUCGAGCCUCUCACUGUUGCUGUUGAAAUAGAUCCAUCCACUUCUAAGCCGAGCAUAGCUUAGUGCAUUGAAUUUCGUCCAAUAUUUCUUGUAAAUACUGUCCGUUUUUUUCUCCUCUAUCCCUUCAGUCCAUCUCUGGAUUGUCUUUUAAUUAUGACAAAAAGAAACUGCAACAGAUAUAGUUAUGUCAGUGUCAUUGUAUUACAAUUUUUUUUACAUUGA